GCGUUCCGGCUUGGAAUUGGAAGUGUUAUUGCUCAUCGUUUAGGUAACCAGGACAGAUGAACCGACGCUGACAUUUGUCGGCGCUGUGCCACUCGGUCGUUGCCAUAUCAACUAAUUGGUCCAUGGCCAAUCUUCUUUCCUGAAUAGUUUCCAAUAGUUCCGCCAACCAUGUCCGCUCGCCGUCGCUUUCUCUCGCCACGUUCGCCAUACCCCUACCUUGGACUCGCUGCCGUCGGUCUCGGAUGGUGGGCGCAAACGGUCUACGGCGGCAUUAACUCACAAAAAGCCCACUCGGGCAUAUUCAAGGCGGUUAUGUUUCACCUUCGGCACGACGAAGCAGCUCAAUCCCUUCUCGGAGAUAAUAUCCACCAUGACCCAAAAAAGCAUCCAAGCGUCAAGGGCAACGUAAACAUGCUAAAAGGAAAGGCGGACAUAGAGUUUUUGGUGGAGGGGAGUAAGGGGACAGGAGUGGUGCGGUUUCGCGGAGUGCGCGGGGAGGAUGAUUGGACAAGUCAACUAUUUACCUUGAAAUCACCAGAAGGCAAAACCGUGGAAUACCCAUAAAUAUCACCGAGGAAACCUCACAGCCGUAGCUCUUGGUGGUAUCAUUCUUACCCGAUCUAAGGUGGAAGGCCAGAAUAAGUUCAUAUAAUACCGGGGAUGGAGGGGCAGGGCGUGCCAGAUCCUUGGCAAGUCCCUUUACUGUUCCGAGAAAGGUGCAGAAUAUGGGAUAUUGAAAUACGACAUUUCCAGAGCAACAAUCAACAUGGUUUCCGGCUUUCUCUUGCGAUAUGUCAGAAACAGAUAGCGUCGCAAGUGGAGUUUUCAGGUCGGGCAAUUUCAUAGAUUUAUAGAUAGCGGAAAAUGUGACUAGGAAUCUUGUUGAGGCCUGAAACUCGGUGCAUAGCAAUAUACGUUUUAUUCAUUUGUAGAGAAGAAGAA